AUGUCUUUAGCAAGUGAACAUCAGGAUAUCAUCCAGUUUUCAAAUAGGAAAUCAAGUUACCCAAUGACCAGUAAUUUCAUCUCACACUUUGCUUCUUGGGCAAAAUUUUGGCUGACAGUCAAUGAUAAGACGAUUCCUCAUAAACGAAAACUCUUCCACAGGUCAGAACAUAAGACUCCUCAUGCCUCAGCAGAAAACAAUUCUAUUAUUCCAGUUACCCAACGAGCGCAUUUAUAUCGAGCCACAUGCCAUAAACUCCGGCCUAACCAAAGCAACAGUAAAAAGUCAUUUACAUUAGGUGAUAUCCUACAUAUUCGAAAGUUUUGGGAGAAUCUAGAAAAUCUGAUUUAUCAGAAUGAAAGAGAUUAUAUACCAUCUGUUAAGAGAAUACCUUUUAAUCCUGAUAUACCGGGUUCUGUUUAUUUGCCUAAAAAAUCAAGAAAGCAGAUUGUGACAAACAAGAAUAGACAGCCCUAUGCAUGCUCCAAUAUUGUAUAUACAUUUAAACACGACAUUAAUACUAUAGAAUCUCAGCCUAUCACUUCUACUUACACCCAUAACCCUAAUAACAUAUGUGAUGAUGAUGAUGAUGAUGUUCCUCUUGCCAUCCUUCACCUCUCAAAACCAUUUAUCCAAUGUAAAUAA